UUGCCUAUACGACGCUUUGCUACAGCACGGUGUAAAUAAGGAGAAAGUACUACAAUUCAGAGAAAUGAUGCAUGAUGCAAGAUGGCCAGAGGAUACCGAAGAGCGUAUCAACAAAGAUCGCAUUAUGACAACAAUACGUUCCGGGGAUUUUAAAGUAAGAGUAUUAUACCUUCUGACUAAAUACAUUAAACACCAUCAAGAAAUCCUGGAAUGUUGUAAGCUCAUGAAUAGCUAUUUCUUUCCACUUCUAUUCAUGAAAAUGUGCGUAUCCAUGUUUUACCAUGUUUUCGUGCCAUUUGCAAUCCUUCAUAACAAAAAAUUAGGAUUAACGCUCAUCUUGGUUCAAUAUGAAGCCUGCGCGAUUACCGAACUGCUUUUAUUUACCUUGGCCGGACAAACACUAAUAAAUAAGAGUGAAGAACUUCACCGAAACAUAUUUGGGUCACCGUGGUAUAUGUGUGAUGUUAACUACCAGAAGUAUAUUUUAAUGGUUAUCAUGCGCACGGGACGUACUACUUGUGUUUCUGUGGGAAAAUUGGUUCCAAUGUCUCUGGCAAUGUUUCUAUGGAUGAUGAAAACUGCAUUUUCAUACCUCGCUGUCCUACGACAAGUUACAGACUGAUAAUGCAAAACAACCAACCGCGGCAUUUUUUUGUACAUUUCCAGCAGAUUUUAACUUUCACUUUCACUACACUACGCACAGCAUCUUACU